AUUCCCAGAGGUUCCGUGCUCAUGCGAACUUGCAUUGACAGUGAAAAGAAUAGUUUCGUUUAGAAUUCUGUAGCUCAAUGCAUCAUUUACCUAAAGUUAUUAUCGAGUCAGAAUAUAUCUUUGAGGGAUUUAGAAUUACGAAGAUUGUCUGAGAGUUGUAUUGGAACUGUCCUACCGAACUUCAACAGCACGACAUAACUCCUUUUACCAUAAAGUCAAAUCGAUAUCGCCCCAACUCCCGACAGCAAAAUGAUGUCCAAGAACGAACACAAUAGGAUGGAGGUGGAAUCCACCACGGAUCGCCAUGAAGACAACUCCGACGCUGUGGAAACUAUGCAAGAGCCACUAAGUAUUCGAAAUUUGAAUGUAGUCCCGGCCUCACUAAAAAUAUGGAAUGGAGUCGCCGUUAUCGUUCAAUUUGCCCAGGCGGCUGCCUUGUUUGCACUCUCGGCCAACGCAGACAAUGCUUACUAUUGGUAUACAAACUAUCCAGCUACUUUCGAAGACCGUGACGAGAAUCCGGAAGAAUUUGGGCGCCCCGGCCCUACCGAAGUAGCGGAUUUUUCCAUUACCUGGUAUUCUGCGGUCUUUAUUUUACUAUCUGGCCUGGACCAUCUUGCUUGCAUCAUAUUCUGGUCGACCUACAAAUAUCAGAUUGAGCGCCAUCAGAAUCAUUUCCGCUGGGCAGAGUACAGUAUUUCCGCGAGUCUGAUGCGCAUCAUGAUUGCUCAGCUCGCUGGUGUCACAGACAUUCACCUUAUUUGGAUGCUGUUCGCAUCGACCGCCAUUACUAUGAUUCUGGGCGGUAUUCACGAAUCGGUGAAUGCAAAGGCUCGCGCGGAUGGGUUGAAACAAAAUUGGUAUCCAUUUCUAGCUGCUUGGAUACCUCACCUGGCAUGCUGGUUGGUGAUUUUCAACUAUUUUUUCAAGGCUGUGAUUGAGGGAGAUCCCCCUAAUUUCGUCUGGGCUAUCAUUUUCGUUUUAUUCUUUUUGGACGGUUGCUUUGCAAUCUUGUUUACGUUGCAGUGGUUUAAAAUCGGUAUAUUCAAGGACUACGUUGCUGGGGAGAAGGGUUUUAUUGUGCUCAGUUUCACGGCGAAGGUUCUUUUGGCUUGGAUCAAUUAUGGCGGGGGAUCCCGAUAA